GCGGCCGGCGUGCUGGGCGCCUUCCACCACACGCUGCAGCUGGGGCCGCGCGAGCAGGCGCGCAACGCAAGCUGCCCGGCAGGGGGCAGGCCCGGCGACCGGCGCUUCCGGCCGCCCACCAACCUGCGCAGCGUGUCGCCGUGGGCCUACAGAAUUUCCUACGACCCUGCCAGGUUCCCGAAGUACCUGCCCGAGGCCUAUUGCCUGUGCCGGGGCUGCCUCACUGGGCUGUUCGGGGAGGAGGACCUGCGCUUCCGUAGCGCCCCGGUGUACGUGCCCGCCGUCAUCCUGCGGCGGACGUCGGCCUGUGCAGGUGGCCGCUGGGUGUAUGCUGAGGAGUACGUGACCGUGCCCGUGGGCUGCACCUGUGUCCCGGAGCCGGAGAAGGAAGCGGGCAGCAUCAACUCCAGCAUGGACAAGCAGGCCACCAAGCUUCUGCUCAGCCCUGGCGACAAGCCGGGCCGGCCCUGAGGCUAUUGGGGCUCUCCCCGGAACCCUGGGCGUGGCUCAGCCGCCUCCUGGCAGAGAAAACAAAGACGUAAAGGAGGAAAUGAGACACAACUGAACUGGAGAGGUCUUCGGGGCCCGCCUGCCAGCGGCUCACGCAGGCGGGGGCGUUCUUUUAGGCAAAUGCACAGGGUCCGUGAAAGCUGCCCAAGUCACCGGGGCGUGACCUCAGGUAGGCAGCAUAUGGCUAGGGCCCACCGGUGGUGGCUGGAGACCGGGAUGUGAAAGUGUCCUCGUGGUCCCCGGGCCCCUGCCCCACUGCCAGCGGCAGUGCGGUGCACCAUGAGGACGCUCCACCAGGUAGACGGUGCUUCUCAAAAAGUGUUUUUAAAAAGUGGAAUAUAUAUCCACUUUUUAAUUCAACUGUUUUCAAUGGAGGAGAAACUAUUUUUAUAGAAGGAAUUUUGAGCAAUUAUAUGAAUUUUUUUUUACUUAACAGUAUUUUAUAACCAUUCUGUUUUCACUUGCUCUGGCAAGACUGUUGUAGAAGCACAAUUGGAAUCAUAAGAUAAAAUUUCUAGAUGGCCCUGUGGCCUGCCCCUGAGCCUAGCCAGCCCCCGGGUGCUGACCGUGACAAAAUGGACAGGGCUAAACGGGACCUGGUUCCAGUGAAGACCUUCCCAGGCUGCUGCACCGACAAAAGGGGCCCCGCUCACUGGGGACAGGCCAGCAAUUCCAGAAGUCUCAAGCUGGGUUUAUGAGCAUAUACAUGGUCACAGAUUUAUACAAUGGAAUUUUUUCACUUUUGAAAGUAGGGCCAAAUAAGAGGUGGAGGGAGGGGGAAGGUGAGAGGUGGAAUGGAAUGGCUUUGCCACCUCUCAGGAAUCUAGGUCUUAGCUUUAAGGGCCUCAGGAACUGGCCACAUGUGAGAAGCAGGCCAAGGUACAAUCAGUACUAGAGGCCUCUUUUUUCCAUCCUGCAAGGUCAGCUAAAUCCAUACACUCUUCUGUAGGUUGAAGGUCUGUCCUUGAACACAGUUAUUUUAAAUGUGAGGAUUUCUUUUUAAAUCAUUAAAGCAACUGUAAUGAAGAACA